AUGAAGUUCGGCGUCGAUGAUUCGUCGGCUUUCAUCGGCACCUACCGAAACGAUACCUAUAGCUCCUCUGUCGAAUCCCUGACCUCCACAUCGUCGGGCUCGGUUUGGUCCGCCGUUUCCUCUCAAUCCUCUAGUUCGACUUCCCCCGCCAACGCUUCCGACUCUGACCCAACCGACUCGUACUAUUUGUCGCGACCUUCUGCCUCAUGCCAUUCUGCCACUAGGUUCACGAGCCCCUGGGCCAAACAACCCACCCAGCAAGUCCCCGUUGCUAUCCCCCAGGAGCUACGGCAAAACCCGAGACGGACUAGUGCGGGUAACACUCGCUCCGGAGCACCUCCGACUCUGGUUCGACAAUCCGAGCGCAAGGUCAACUUCGUCGACAACCUCGUCGAUUCGUCAACUCAGAUCGUCGAGGCUAUUUGGCCCCUUUCCUCUGCCGUCUGUCGCAAUGAGCUUGGCAGCAAGGCUGUCCUACCGCUGCGCACCUUCAUUCAGGAGACCCUGCGCCGCUCGCGCACCAGCUAUUCUACCUUGCAAGUUGCUCUGUACUACCUAAUUCUGAUCAAGCCCCACAUCCCGAAGCAUGAUUUUACCAUGGAACAACCCGAUGACAAGCAUGAGUGCCGCGCGCUUCAGUGUGGCCGUCGCAUGUUCCUUGCUGCACUGAUCUUGGCUUCAAAAUAUCUUCAAGAUCGGAAUUACUCGGCGCGAGCUUGGAGCAAGAUUUCGGGACUCAACACUGCAGAAAUCAACCAGAACGAGAUCGCUUUUCUCCUGGCGGUUGACUGGAAAUUGCACAUCGUCGACGAAGUGUUCCAGCGAUGGACCGAGAUUGUCCUGAAGUACACGCCGCCGUCUCCUCCGGCACCAGGAACUUCGGCGCAGUGGUACGCGCAGCAGAGCUCAAACUGGAAGAUGGUCAUUCUCAAGUUGAACCCUGAGCUGGACAACAUCGAAGGUCUGAUCCCCACAGCUCAGAUCAACCGAACUCUUUGCACAUUCCCCCGCCAUCGUACCAUGCUAUCGGCUACUCAGAAUGUUCGGUCUGCAACCAGCGCUUGCGGAUUGGGCUAUGACUCUGCGGAGCUUACUCCUACCCCGCGGUCAUUCCAGACCCCGACUAUUAUGGAGCCUACCCCGGCCACUGUAUAUACUCCGGGUCGGCUGGCUCCCGCCCUUGGUCUGUUACCAACCCCUCGACUCACGCCCCAGUCAAGCGGAUACAGCACUCCUGCCGUGAGUGCUGCGUCUCACCUCGCCAGCAAAAGCAGUGCGAUGGGCCUUGCCAUGGCUCAGGCCUCGUGCGUCAGUGCUACCCAGUGCCUGGACCGCUGGCCCGUUCCGAACGCAUCGUCACCCCAGGGCUAUUUCCCUGUUCGCCGAUCCUCUCUUGCCGCCUCAAUCUCGACUGCGUCUUCUCCCGAAUCGAUGGUUUCUGAUUCGUCACAGACCUCGCGCUCCUCCUCUAUUUCAUCGGCUUCGUCGUUGGUUAGCGCGCCGGCCCCUAAAUUGGGGAUCCAGGCGCGAUUCCGAUCCGCGAAGCUGUGUAGUGAGAGAGCGAGCCUGAGACCGAUGAUCACCUCGGUUCCUGAAGAUUACGAAGAGACUUGCGUAACGUCGUCGCCCGAGUCUUACACCGGCCCGGUGGGAAGAUUGGGUGACAUGUCGUUGGAUACUCCAAUGGCUCAGGGAGAAUGCGAACUGGACGCCAUGGUUCACGACCCCGCAAACGAUGCCGCACGAGCACUCCAGGAACUCCAGAACUACCGGUCUGACGAUGCUACCCCGACUGGCAUGUCUUCCCGCAAGCGGGCUCGUGGUGUUUCGAUUGUCGACACCUCACUUCAAGAGAACGUUCGCGACAUGCUGUCUGGUAACUACUCAGGGAAGCAGUGGACUCAGUCUCUGGUUCGUUCCAGGAGCAACCUCAAGGCCGCCAAUGAGCGGGGCUCUCCUCGCAAGCGCGUAUGCUGCGCCAACGAAGCCACACCGGUCUACGAAACGGCCCUUCACUCCAUUGUUGGGUACCGCGGACCGGGAAUGUGGGAUGGUAUCCUCAACUAA